CCAUGGGCUACAAUACCCGUGGACAUAACUUGGGUGUUCUCAUAACUGGAGGUUGGAAGUGUUAACGCCAGGGAGGAUGAAGCGCCGUAAGAUGGUACAUUAUUACUCCGUACCAUGUGUGGCUGCAGAAAGCCUUAAAGCGCGGGGAGGCGGGAGAUUUAACCGUUUAAGCUUCUAGCAGCUUGGAGCUUGCUGAGCGUCACGUACCGUUAAAACGUUUCCCACCUCUUCUCCAUUGUUUCCGAUGUCCAACGUCACAUAGCCGCACUCACAAUUACCCUUUUUCCAUGUAUCAACCACCUUUUGAAGAGCCCGCCAGCUAGUCGUUAAGUACAGCAUAUAACAUGUUCCGGACCUCGCGUCUUGGACUCGACCUUCCACCAUGUUCAACAACUUCACCUCCCUCGUCCAGAAGGCCCAGACCUUGAUCGAUACCGCCGGUCUUACUGCCUCCCCGUCCAAGUCACCCUCGAAAUCCACCUUGUUCCAGCAUCAAUUCCGCCUGCCGGACAGCGAAUCCCCUUUGUAUGAGAUCACAUCGGAGCUCACGCUGCCGUUACCCCGAAGCGGCCGACAACCACAAGACGCCAACGACGUUAGCAGUCAGCUGAGAGGGAACCAUUAUGUCGGACGGUUGCACCUCAGCGAACACUAUAUCUGUUUUUCGACGCAAGGGUCCAGCUUCCUGAGCACGGCAACCACCAGUUCUUCGAGUAGUUUUACAGGUCAGACGCACGGCACGGGACCUUCUGGGAAUGGAUUCACGUUGCCCCUGUGUGCCGUUCGAAGGGUCGAGCGAUUGAAUAGCCAGAGCUUCCAGUUCUCCCUCGCCAUCACCACAUCAAACGGCUACCGGGACGUGGAUAAAAAGCAAUCGACGAAUCCGAACCCACAGAGAUUGAUCGUGCAGCUUGCCGGCAGCCGACAGCAAUGCGAACGAUUCUGCGAUGGGUUGAAGAAAGGGCUCCGGGCAGCAUACAAGGAUACUCAGAACCUGAAUAAGGUGGUGGGAGAAUUGUACUCGGAGUAUCAUUUAGCGGAUACAGCCACGUCUGACAAGGAGGGGUCUACCACAACACAGCGGGAUCCCCCGGACACCGGCCUCGGUGCGAUAUAUCGCUAUCCUGGCGAUGCACGGAAGCUGAGGGACAAAGCGAAGAUGCGUCUUUGGAAGGAGUACAUGCGUGAAAAUGGGCGGAAUGCCACCAUAGUCCGCCAACCGACAUUUCAUAAGCUGAUUCGCGUGGGAUUGCCGAACCGACUUCGAGGCGAGAUCUGGGAACUCACGUCCGGCUCUCUGUUUCUUCGAUUCCAGAAUCCGGAUCUAUAUGCGGAGAUGCUCAAGGAGCACGAGGGGAAACAGUCCCUUGCAAUCGAUGAGAUUGAGAAAGACCUGAACAGGAGUUUGCCGGAGUACCCGGGAUUCCAGAGCGAGGAAGGAAUUGGCCGAUUGCGCCGUGUUCUCGUUGCGUACAGCUGGUUGAACCCGGAAGUUGGCUAUUGCCAGGCAAUGAACAUCGUCGUGGCGGCACUUCUGAUAUACAUGUCCGAAGCACAGGCAUUUUUCGUUUUGUCCGUGCUCUGCGAUCGAAUGCUCCCGGGAUACUAUUCGAUGACCAUGUAUGGCACCCUUCUCGAUCAGAAAGUCUUCGAAUCACUGGUCGAGGGGACGAUGCCCAUCCUGUGGGAUCAUUUGGUGAAGUCUGACGUGCAGCUUUCGGUGGUUUCCCUACCCUGGUUUUUGUCACUGUAUAUCAACUCCAUGCCUCUCAUUUUUGCAUACCGUGUCCUCGACGUAUUCUUCCUGGAAGGGCCGAAAGUCUUGUUUCAGAUUGGAUUGGCCAUUCUCCGCAUAAACGGCGAAGAGCUGCUCGACGCGGCCGACGACGGAACGUUCAUAUCCGUUCUCAAGACGUACUUCUCACGCCUUGACGAGUCGGCGCAUCCGAAAUCAGAGAACCCGAAAUUACGAGCGGUUACGCGGUUUCAGGAGUUAAUGGUGGUGGCGUUCAAAGAAUUCUCCGGCAUCACACAGGGAACCAUAUCCGAACAGCGAGCGAAACAUAAAGACGCGGUCCUAGAAAACAUCGAGAACUUCGCAAAGCGGACGUCAAUACGGAACCUUGGGCCGGAUAGUAAGCGACUAAGUCUAAACGAUCUCGGAUUCCUCUACGACCGUUUCUAUGGUGUCCUCUAUGAACGCCAGCAGCGAACGCAAAUGAUCCAGCAAGAGAUGGAUAGGAAAAAGAAGAGUGGCCGAAUAAAAGCAACAGAAGUUGUGUCAGGUGUAUCUGGCGACGAGCCGGAGAUGGGUAGGGUUGCUCUUGGUCCAAGUCCGACACAAAUGGACUACGCUGCUUUCAGAGAGUUCCUUGCUGGUAUUGCAAAAUGGGCAGUCACCGACUCGCCUUCGUCACCCUCGUCCCAUGUCGAUGGUGAAAAGGCAUCAUAUUUCGGGAAUAGUAUGAGAUCUCGGAGCCUUACCAUUUCUCCGUGGGGCGCCGGCCCCGAGCCAGCCGAUCACGAUUUCAUGAAGCGGCUUUUCCGGAAAUGGGAUGUCGAUUCGGUCGACACGCUCACCCUGCAAAAUGUUGUCACCGGUCUCGCCCAUAUGAAAGGCACGAAAGACAUCAUGGCCAACAUCAGCUAUUUCUUCGAUUUGUACGACGAUGAUGGAGAUGGGAAGAUAGACCGCGAAGGCAUCCUUAGCAUGUCUGAAGCAUUGCUGUUCCUGUCAAGAAGAGGGUUUGAGACUCCAUUCCCCGCAGCGAGUCCGCAAUCGGACGCAAGGAUGGGAAGCAGCAUAGAAGCGGACGAACUUCGCAUUGAGAAUCGGGAUGAACAAUUCCUGUCGAGUGUCUCCGCCUUUAUCAGACGCUGCUUCGAAUAUGCAGACGCCGACCAUCCUUCCAAGCAAAUCGAUGACUCUACGUCGGCACUGAGCAACUUCGGCAUUGGUGAAGACGAAGAGGAAGAGGAAGACGAAGACGAAGCCCUCAUCGAGAUUGACGGUACCUCCACCUCAACCCCCAAGCCCGAGCACGCCUCUUCCCCGCCAAACGGCGCGUCCACCUCCGAAACCCCCAGCGACUCGGCCUCCUCCCUCCCCCGCCGCGACCCCGCCGCCGCCAACGCGGCCCUCGACCCCUCCAACCCUCUCUCCAUCACCCUCCCCACCUUCCGCAUGCUCGUCCUCGCCGACGAAACCCUCGAGCACUUCUUCGACCGCGCUCUCGCCAACUCCUUCCGCCUCUCCGACGCCCCCGCCGCCACCGCCUCUUCCACCCUCACCACCUUCGCCAACCUAGGCCGCUUCACCCCGGGCGUCGGCGCCGGCCCAAGCAGCCCGCUCCCCUCCACCGCCGGCGUCGUUCCGCCUGGAAAGGGCCUGCGUGGCGUGCUGGAUAACAUCGUCACCGACGGGAUGCGCGUGGCGACGGACAUUCGGCGGCGAAUGGACGAGGCGCAGAAGGAGCUGGAUCGAGGGGCUGCGCAGGAGGAGGAUGAGGAGGACGAGGCGGAGCCGGACGAGCGGACGCCGGGCGGAGCGUACGGUGGGGAUGCGGAUCAGCGGAGCGUGCGGGCGGCGGAUCGGGAUUUACUGGAGGGGGCGGAGACGGAGGAUGUGAGUUCGACGAUGGGGAAGGAGGGGUUGUUGAAUGCGCCGGGGGGGGAUGGGAAGGGGAGGACGAGGGCGGGGAGCGAGGAGGUGGGGGAGGUGUUGUUCUGA